CUUGCCCCGCGAACUCCUCACUUAUUGCUCGACUCUAGACUAAAGCCUGCUUUAGCUAGUUACACUUGACUGAGCGAUACGAUGGCGCAGCCACAUUCGCAGUUUUCGCUUGCAUUCCUUGCUCUCGCUACAGUACCUUUAGACUGGACAUUAUAAGCUUCGCGCCUGCGUCAUCGCUAGGGGCAGAACCAGCAGCAGGACAGGCACCCCGCACAGCGCCAUGCCGCCAGUCGCCGUCGUUUCCUCCGCACAGCGCGGAAUACCCCGCGCUCGUGCGCGCGGGGGAAGCUCCCCGCGCGCGGUAGUCCUGGCGGUGCUGGGGCUGGCGCUCGCGCUUGCGCUGAUUCAGAUGGCCGCGCAGAUGGCGGUGCUGGUGCGGCGGGAGCAGCUACGGGGAAGCGGCGGGCGGGCGUACACUCCGCAUUGGUCGCGCCGGCGCAGCCUGGCGUCUGAAGUUAGUGCGACGGACGGCCGCGCUCACGAGCUGGCGGCGCCUCUGGCCGCGCUACGAGCAGGGAAGGACGGUCAAGUCAACCAAGGGAGGGAAGGGAAGUCAGGGGGAAAAGGCCACUCGCGGGCGUCUAAGGGUAGGAGCGGACGGAGAGGAGGGGAGGGCGAAGGAGGGGGAGAAGGAGCAGGAGAGGGAGCGGGGGGAGGAGAGGGAGCAGGAGUCAGUAGCAGCAGCCACGCGGCGUUUGGACAUAGCCCACGUGGUGGUGGCUAUGCGCUGAGGAGUAGAGAUGGAGCAGGGCACGGAGUUGUGGUGGGAUAUGACGAUGGAGGGAGUGGCCUGCCGGGUAUGCACUUCAAUGCAGUGCAGCAAUGGAAGCCGCCCUGGAGUCAACGCAGUCAACGCAGUCAUGCUGGUCAACGCAGCCGAACGAGUCAAUCCGAGGGCCUUGCUGGCAGUAGCAGCAGCAGCAGCAGCGACAGUGGAACCGUUGGUGCUUUGUCCCUUCCAUUAAAGAGGUCGGCACCACGGCAGCUAAGGCAGCUAAUAGCGGAGGAGGCAGCAGCAGGAGCAGCAGCCUCUUCCUCUUUCUCAGCUCAGUUGGACCAUCGCUCCCAAGGCCCUAUCAGUGGUUUCUACACCACCAUUCAGCUGGGCUCGCAGCAGCAGCCGCUGCUGGUGGGUGUGGCGACAGCAGCCGCCAUGCUAGCAGUGCCCUGCAUCUGCGACUCCUGCGCCGUUUCCGGCCGCCUCUCCCCUCCAUCCGUCCCCGCUGCUCCCAACUCCCCUACUUCCAGCCCUCCGUUCGCAGUAUCCUCCAGCACCACAGCAGCCAUCAUCCCCUGCGUGUCCCCUGACAAGUGCCAGCUCCUGGGCAACGGCUUCGGCUGCACGCUGGUUAACACCACCGACCUUUCCUGCCAGUUCAACCUGCCUCUGCUUACCGGGGGAGCUGUGGGGGGGAGCGUUGUGGGGACUGUGGUGCAAGAUGUGCUGCUGCUGCCGGGGGGAGGGGGUGGAGGAGGAGGUGGUUUGACCCAGUCCGUCUUGUUUGGUUGUGCACAGCAGGACGGGGAAGCCGCCUCCCUCUCCGCCUCGCUCUACCCGGACGGUCUGCUCUCGCUCUCCCGCUCUGCCACCUCCCUCCCCUCGCAACUCGUCGCGCCUUUCCCCGCCUCCUCUGCCACCACAGCAGCCGAGGGUGUGCCUGGGGGAGUGGGAGGAGCAGGAGGCGAAGCAGGGGGGGCAGAAGGGGCAGUUUCUGCAGUGCAAGUGCCGCUAGAUUCCACUCUAAAAGCAGCAGAGGGAGGACCAGGCGUGGUCUUAGCAGUGUCAGCAGAGGCAGAUGUGGCCCGAGUGGGUUCGCAGGGGUUGAGUGCGGUGGGGCUGUGUUUGGAGGGCGAUGCUGCAGCAGCCAGUGGCGGUAAACUGGAGCUGGGAGGCUCGGCAACAGCAGCAGGGGUCGCCCUUCCUCCCACCUCCUCAACCCCCAUGCUGGGUCAACCAGAAGAUCAGCUCUACUACGUGUCCAUCGCUUCGCUGCAGAUAGCGGCACAGGCGCUGCCGCUGCCAGCCAUGACAUGGGAGUCAGCCCCAGAGCAGGGCCGAGGGGCGGUCAUCAGCUCGUCUGCUGCCCUCACUGCACUUCCCUCCACGGCAUACAACGCCUUUGUAUCCAAGGUGCUUCAGUUGGUGCCCGGUGCCAAGCCGGCUGCCACGUCACCACCCACCCUCCCUGUACCACUAGAAUGCUACGACCUGCCCACCACUGCUAACAUCUCCUCCCGUGCUGCUCUCCUCACUACCUUCCCUCUCGCUCGUCUGGACUUCUCUAACGGUGCCUUCUGGUGGCUACCACCAGACACCUAUCUCCUGCUGCCUGACCCUGCGGCCUUACCUUCAACAGUUUGCUUUGCUCUGCAGAAGACGCUAACCAACACGCCACACACCAUCAUAGGAGCCCCCUGGCUGCACAACAAGCAUGUGCACUUCAACAACGAUGCUGCCCAGAUAUCGUGGGCUGACGUCAACUCUGCUCCACCUCCAGAACCUGCAUACGCGCCUCCUCCCGAACCACCAGCCUCACCUCCACCCACCGAACCUCCCCCCUCCGAACCUCCCCCGUCACCACCCCCUUCCGAACCUGAAACUCCCACUGACUCUGACUGCCCUCCCAAGCCUAGCCUGUGCGAUUUCAUUCUUGGAAGUUCGGGGGAUUCCGUACCUCGCAUCUCGCUGCAGCAUCUGGUAGACCCAGGCUCGGCAGAUGGGUUAACUACAGUGUCGAUUAAUGUUAAAGCCGGGGGGGAGGUGCGGGUGGUGGUGAUUAACGUGGGUCCGGCAGAGAUACUAUGUGGGGAAGGGGUGGAGGAGAAGACUACAUCAGCGGCAUCCAGUGCUUUCUUUUUCCAGAGCAAUGUGCUGACAGCGCGCAACAUCAUGGACAUCCUCUCCGCAAACCUCGCAGACCAUUACAUCCGGAUACCCAUCAGUGCGGCGCAGGUGUCCACGGAUGCCGCCACCUUCAACCUCAAUGCGGGCGACGGCAACCCCAUCAUCCCCGAUGACAGGCGCUGUGUGGUGUUCUUCUUCCAGUCACCGUCACUGGAGGAGCCGUCUGACAGCUCAUCACACGAUGACUCAUCCAGUGACAGCUCAUCUGACAGUGCGUCUGACGGUUCGUCUGACAGCUCAUUGUUCCCAUCUGACAGCUCGCCGUUCUCUUCUGACAGCUCAGAUGACAGCUCAGCUGAGGAUUCGCACCAUUUCUCACACCAUCCCAGAUAUCACCAACACUCGCACCACCACCACCAUUGAUUGAAUUCAUUCCUACCCUACUGAUUUAGCCACAUGUGUUGAAAAAACCUGCAAAUUGGCA